CGAUCAAAACAAAAAUGGCGCCCAACUGUCCAGAAGAAGUCGACGUUUUUACAGUGCCCCAUUCUCGAAUGAAGGAGCUUGUACACAAGUAUUUGGCCAUGAUGACGGACACAAAUUUCGCAGAUGUCCAUCACAUGACAAACCUCCUAGAAAAUCUCGUCAAUGCCUUUCAUGAGUUCAGAGCCCACGAACAAAUUGAAAAUAAAUACAUUAUGAAAAAACUCAAAGCAAAACUAAAUGCGCUUUCGAUUCGGAGCUCAGCUGUGUGUAACUGUCACUCGGACAAUAAACUGACGGAGAUGUUGAUGCUGCUGCAGGACGGGUACCACUGUCGUGAGAAGGGGGAGGUGGACCGACAGAACUAUGGGAAAAAGCUACGCUCAGCGCUGGAGGAUUUCACUCAGAAGUUCAUCCCACACAUGGAGGAAGAAGAAGAGAUUUUUCAACCAAUGCUGAUGAAGUAUUUUUCGUUUGAAGAGUUAAGGUCCCUGAAAUCUAAAGUGAUUAGAAAACAUCAACAAACCAUAGAGGAUGAAUAUGUCGAAAAUGAAGAAUGUGUUUCCUCGUCUUCUGAUGAAGAGGAAAAAUGUAUGAGAUCAGAAUCCCAUCGUGAGCCCAGUGGGACUGAGUGUUUACCUGAUGAAGUCCUAAUGGCUGUCUUCUCCUACCUGAAUCCCAGGGAGUUAUGUGUCUCAGCCCAGGUGUCAAAAAGAUGGAACAGCCUGGCUAUGGAUGGGUCUAACUGGAGAAUCCUUAGGCCUGUCCAGUGGUUCAAGGGACUUUGGUCUCGCCAGGAGAAGAUGGACAUUGAGUUGGAAGAGAGGGACGUCGAGACGGCCGAGUUCUAUCCAGUCGAUGUCAAAUACGACGAGGAUGCUGAUGUAGAUGAGUCAGAGGAAAGUGAUGAUUUGGAUGAGAUGUCUCCUGAAUGGAUGCUGGUACAGAAGGAGUCCAGGAUGCUGACUUGUAUGGUGAAGCACCUUUUCCCCAGGGUGGGGGCCAGUGUGGUGGAGUUACACCUGGGCUACAGUAGGGGAUUAACUAAUGGAGUGCUGUACAGAAUGCUGAGCUGCUGUAACAAUCUGGAAGUUUUAGACCUUACCCAGACCAGAGUGUCAGACAUAGGAUUUAAGAGUUUGGGCAAGAACAGGAAUGGCAGAAAACUGAAGCAUAUAAAUCUCUCAGGCUGUGUAAACAUUACUGAUGUGACGAUACAGAAAAUAUCCUCAGCACUGGGAUGUAUCAAAGACACCAGAUCGGAAAAAGUUAGUGAUAAUUCGAAUACCUGUACUGUCAGAGGAAGGACCUGCUGUCAUGAAAGAGAGGCUCACGGAAGACAACAGGAGGAGUCGGGAAAUGGACUCGAUUUUGAUUCAGUGGAUGUAGCAUUGCGUAAUGCUUGUGAUUUUGUGGAAAGUGAGGCUAUGGCUAGACAUUUGAUUGAUUUUCUGGAGGGAGAGACUAUGUUUUCUUCCUUCAUGCACCAAUCCUUUCUGCCACCCUUACUAAGGGAUCAACAACAAAGGACAUUGGAAUUGAAUAAUUUCCUAAAAGACAGUUCGGGCUUGGGCACCAAGAAAGAAACUUAUCUUGCAAGGAAUGAUUGGAAUUCCUCGUCAUAUCCUACAAAUAUUUUCUCAGACAAUUUCUCCUGGAGGAUGAACCCCUCUGUAGAGAGGGAUCUAGGGAGUUCCCCUCGAAGGACUAAUUCCUCCCCCGAGAGGAUUCGCGGGAAUUCCCCGUACAGGACUAGCACCUCCAUGGGGGGUAAUGGUGGGGCUUGUUAUGUCUGUGAUAAUAGUGACAAUGACACUCCCCAGAGGGCGCUGCGGUUCCUCUCUCUGUCCGGCUGCUCUUUGGUGACAGAUGAAGGAAUCAGUUCCUUGGCCAGGGAUGGUGGGCUUCCUGAGUUGGAGUACCUGGAUUUAUCCGGCUGUAUGCAGGUAACUGGAGCUGGACUGUCAGAGCUGGUCAGCACCUGUCCACAGCUGGACCAUGCCCAGCUGUUCUACUGUGAUAAUAUCCCGGAUGAUCCGUACGCCUCAACAGCCAGCGGAUGUCAGAACCUGGAGAUAUCCACCAGGAGGUGCUGCCGGUCUGGAUAUUAACAGGAGUCUGUUACCAUGAUUUGAUAACAUCUUGGAAAUGGAUACAACCCUGACCUUUGACAUUUCCUGGACCAAUUGAAGUGCUCCUUCUACAAUGAUAUAUCCAUCAUGAGUGGUGAUUAGUUUUCCCAGUGAAUCACUCAUCCAUCUGCUUUACACAUCCCAAUGGAAACUCCUGCUUUUACAAAUAUACCUGAUCUCAUUCAGCUGUUUUGCUUAGUGAUUGUAAUGGACUUCAUUGUAGAGAGCUUUAACUUGUAAACAAAUUUGGACAGAAUUUUUACUCUCUUCUCUUUCUCCCAUAUAAAAUGCUAAAAAUUCAUGUUGGCAUAUAUAAUGAAAUAAUUAAUUUUGCAAUCAUUUGAAACAUUUAUUUCUAGCACUUAAUCCAAUAUUCCUAAAUCAUCAUUGUAAGUAUAAUAUGUGAUAUGUUGUACAAUACUGGUAAGUAAUAUUUCCAGGCUUUUGAAUGUACAAUCAUAUAUAAUUAUAUGAUGAUCAAGAUGUUUUUGUGCAAUGGAAUUGGCCAGGGUUUUUUUUUAAUGUGUUUGUUUGUUUUAUAAUUUUGAGAUCCAGUCAAGCUCAGAUAAGGAAUUGAAAAAAAAAUACAAUAAGAGAAGCUUUCUAAAUUUCCAUGAAUGCAAAAUUUACAGUGUGAAAUGUUUUACUGUUCCUGAUCAAGUUUGCUUAUCCUAAGCUCACCAUUACUCUGGAGUAAAAAACUGUAUGCUUAAAUAAAUGUGAAAAUUUCUUUGUUUAAUGCCAAGCAUGUAAAACAUUGUUUUGAGACCUCUUGUUAAA